AUGCCUCCCAAGAGAGCCGCUGCAGCUGCUGCCCCUAAAAAGGCCGCCGCCGCCCCCAAGGCUGCUGCUGGGAAGACGGCCGCCAAGGUGACCAAAGCCUCGGCCACCACCAAGAAAGCUCCUGCAAAGAAGGUCGCUACCAAUGGCGAGACAAGUCUCCCGGUCAGGCGCGGCAGGCCCCCGAAGAAGGAUGCCGACGCGCCCGCCCCGACGAAGAAGACGGUGAAGACGGUGAAGAAGGCCGCGACUAAGAAGAAGAGUGACGACGCCGCAACUGCUAGCUUCUCUACGCAAGCUGCCAGCGAGGCCACGCAGGAGACCGCUGCCACGUCCACUACUGAGACUGCCCCCGCCAAGGCCUCCAGGAAGCGCAAGGCCACCGAGGAGCCCGAAGUACCUGUUGCGAAGAAGAUCCGCAUCGCGCGCUUCAAGGAAGAGGAUAAAAACAAGGCGCCCACUCAGAAGCUACAUGUCUACGUCUUCGGUGAGGGCAGCUCGGGUGAGCUUGGACUUGGCACUGCGAAGAACGCGGUGGAUGUCAAGCGCCCGCGCCUUAACCCUCUGCUCCCUGCCAACAGCGUUGGUGUUGUGCAGGUUUCGACUGGUGGUAUGCAUAUUCUUGCUCUCACCCACGAUAACAAGAUUCUUUCCUGGGGCGUCAACGACCAGGGUGCUUUGGGCCGCGAUACUACCUGGGAGGGCGGUCUUGUGGAUAUCGAUGACGCCAAGAGCGAGGACAGUUCCGAUUCUGGCUCUGACAGUGGCAUGAAUCCCAAGGAAGCGACACCCACCGCCAUUCCUUCGAAUGCUUUCCCCGAAGGCACCAAGUUUGUGCAGGUUGCUGCAUCUGACAGCGCCUCUUUCGCUCUUACCGACGAAGGUCUGGUCUACGGCUGGGGAACUUUCCGCAGCAACGAAGGCAUUUUUGGCUUCAGCAAGAAAACCUUCAUCCAAAAGACUCCGGAGCUCAUCCCAGAGCUCAAGAAGAUCCGCGAUAUUGUUUGUGGCGCCAAUCACGUUCUUGCGCUAGAUGCCGACGGCAAUGUUUUCGCCUGGGGAAGUGGUCAGCAGAACCAGCUGGGUCGCCGUGUGAUUGAACGCACCAAGACGGAGGGUCUUGUCCCCCGUGAGUUCGGUUUGCCACGCAGAAAGAUCGCCCAGGUCGCCUGUGGCUCCUACCAUUCUUUCGCUGUUGAAAAGAACGGCACUGUUUGGGCCUGGGGUCUCAACAACUUCGGCGAGACGGGUAUUCCUGACAAUGCAGGCGAGGAUGAUGCAGUCAUCCUUAAGCCCGCCAAGGUUCUGGCUUUGUCGGAGAAGAAGAUUAAGAUGAUCGACGGUGGUGGUCACCACUCUGGUGCUAUCACUGAAGACGGAAAGUGCCUUGUUUGGGGCCGUCUGGACGGCUACCAAAUGGGUCUCCCCAUGGAUACUCUUAAGAGCCUUGGAGAAGACAAGAUCAAGAAGGACGAACACGAUAGGCCCCGCAUCCUCAAGGUUCCUACGGAGCUCCCGAACAUCAAUGGCGACUUCAUCACCUGCGGUACGGACCACAACAUUGUCAUCAGCAAGGAGGGCAAGGCCUACUCCUGGGGCUUUUCAGCCAACUACCAGACGGGGCAAGGCACCGAUGAUGACAUCGAGGUUGCGACUAUGAUCGACAACACUGCGGUUCGCGAGAAGAAGCUUAACUGGGCCGGCGCGGGCGGUCAAUAUUCGAUUCUUACUGCUCCUGCCGAGGAUGCGCCAGUCGUCAACGGCACUCACUAA